CCCUUUCAGAUCUACUUCGUUUUCGCAUGGCAUUAGCUUCACCGUCGUCUACAGGGCAUCGCUUCUACUAAGCUCUUUUGUUAGUUUCCGGGGAUGGAUUCACUAUUCAGAACUUUUUUGUGCCGAUUUCUUCGUUGAGAUUUCGGUGGGGGUUCUGAUUGCGUUAGAUUUGAUUUUGGUGCGGUUUGUGUUUUGGGGAAAUGGAAGGAGAAGUGGAUGCUGGAGUUGCCCCGUCUGUUUUACUUCCUGGACGGUUUUCUGAUACGGCCGGCAUGGCGAGGAAGCGGGAUUUUCGUUGGACAAAUCCUGGAUUGUACCAUUUUAGUCAUCAUCAGCAAAAGCAUCUUUCGUUAAUGGGGUCUGCAAUUACUGACCCUGACAAUUCUGAUGUUUGGAGCCCUAAGUUAUGGGAUUGGGACAGUUUGAAGUUCACCGCAAAGCCCUCGGAGGUUUCUCCGGGUGCAGGUGUUAUGAAGGAUGGGGAUGCUACAGGACAGCUUUUGAGCAGGGGAGUGGAAGAGGAUAGUGGGACAUUGACUUUGAAGAUUGGAAUUGAAGCUUCUGCAGUGGAAGAGCUUGUCUUUAAGCCAAACAAACGAGUUCGGUCUGGUUCACCUGGGAGCUCUGCAAGUUAUCCUAUGUGCCAGGUGGAUGCUUGCAGAACAGAUCUGUCCAAUGCCAAGGAUUAUCAUCGCCGGCAUAAAGUUUGUGAGCUUCAUAGCAAAGUAGCCAAUGCUCUUGUUGGGCCGCAGAUGCAAAGAUUUUGCCAGCAAUGCAGCAAAUUCCAUCCCCUAAUGGAGUUUGAUGAGGGGAAAAGGAGUUGCCGGCGCAGGCUUGCUGGACAUAAUCAACGUAGGAGGAAGACCCAACCUGAAGAUGCAUCAGCAAACAUUUUAGAGUCUGCGAUUCAUGAUGAAAAAGUCACUAGGAAUAUGGAUAUUGUCAAUCUUUUAGCAGUCCUGACGCGAUUUCAAGGCAAUGUUGUUGGAAACUCUUCAAACAUGGCAUCUCUACCACAGAGAGACCGGUGUUUACAGAUUUCUGAUAAGUUUGCCAACUUGCCUCCUGCAAAAGCCACUUCCAAAACACAAGUGAAAAGAGAUUUUGAUCUUAACGUUUCAGUAGCUCCACAGCAAAGUUCUUGUAAACAGCCACCUGAAGAGAGUGAGAAUCUGAGUUCUCCAUCAACUAUGAACUUGCUUGCUAUCCUAUCUGCUGCUCUAUCUUCAAAUCCGAAUACCCUGACUACCUUGUUACAUGUGAGUAGUGAUGAUAGUGGUAAUAGCAAGAGCAAUAGGGCUUGUCAGGACACUGUAGUUAACGUUAAUUCACACAGCAAGUUGGCUCGCAUCUGUUCUCCGGUUGGAGGUAGAGAAUUUGACUUUAAUGUCUGUUCCCAAGUUAAUUCUUCUGAACAUCCAGUUCAAACCGCCACACCAAGUUUACCGUUGCAGUUAUUUCGAUCUGAUGAAGAUGAUAGUCAUUCAAAACUUUUUUCUGCGAGUAAAUAUCCAUCCUCUCAGAGCAGCAACAUAAUGGAAGAUACAUCACCUUCAUGUUCGCUCCGCAUUGCAAAAAGGCUUUUUACGCUGCAAUCAGCUUCUGAGACAAAGGAUGAAAGCAUGGUGAUAUGCAGGGAGGAGCUUGUAACAGCUGAAGCAAAAACAUCAAGUGGUCGGCCCUCAUCCCUGGAUCCGUUCAAGGGCCCAGGAAGGCAUUCUGAUAAUCAAAAAGUUCAGAACUUGACGUACUGCAGAAGUUAUUCAUUUUCCUCUGGCUCAGUACAUUCUCCUUCCAACUCAAGGUUUGACGCCCCGGAUCGAACUGGGCGUAUUAUUUUCAAGCUUUUUGACAAAGAUCCAAGUAAUUUGCCUGGGGAACUUCGGACUGAGAUUUUGAAUUGGCUGUCCCAUAGUCCCUCUGAAAUUGAAAGCUACAUUAGGCCCGGCUGUGUGGUUUUAUCCAUUUAUCUGUGUAUGUCCUUGAUGGCAUGGCAUGAGCUUGAGGAAGACUUCCUUCGGCAAGUUGAUUCACUCGUUAAUUGCUCUGAAUCUGGGUUUUGGAAAAAUACGAGAUUUUUGGUCCGCUUGAGUGGACGACUUGCUUCUCACAGGGAUGGCAAAAUACGUAUCAUCAAGUCCUGGAGGACAUUUAGUGGUCCUGAGUUGACAUCUAUAUCUCCCAUUGCAGUUAUGGGUGGGCAAGAAACCACAUUGAUUCUUAAAGGUCGCAAUUUGAGUGUUCCUGGAACAAUAAUUCAUUGUACUUCUGAGAGAGGGUAUUUAUCAAAAGAUGUGGGUCCAACAUAUCCAGGCACCAUAAAUGAUGAUGAUUCCAGUUCUGAGUGCUUCGUUCUUCCUGAAGGACCACCUUAUUCCUAUGGACGAUAUUUCAUCGAGGUUGAGAGAAGUUUUAAAGGAAAUAGCUUUCCUAUUAUCAUUGCGGAUUCUGCAAUUUGUAAAGAACUAAGAUCACUUGAAUUUGUGUUUAAUGAAAAUGUUGGUACCAUUGGUACCGGCUUUCAAAACCAGUGUUUGGAGAAUGGUAGGACACAAUCUAGAGAAGAUGUCCUUCACUUCCUGAAUGAACUCGGUUGGUUGUUUCAAAGAAAGUGCCACAUUGAUACUUCCUUUGUCGCUUUCUCAACAUUGCGGUUCAAGUAUCUCUUUUCGUUUGCUGUAGAGAGAGAUUUCACCGCGCUUGUUGAAAAACUUCUGGACAUUGUAGUGGAAAGAGGUGCUGAGAGGGAUUCUAUAUUUCAUGAACCGCUGGAACUUCUUGAACUACAGCUAUUGAACCGAGCUGUGAAGAGGAAAUGUAGGAAGAUGUCUGACAUGCUUCUGAACUAUUCUGUUAAGAAUAAAAUUUCAAAAGAUUCAAGAGUGUAUCUAUUCCCUCCUAAUUCCCCCGGCCCUGGGGGAUUCACCCCCAUGCAUCUUGCUGCUUCCAUGCAGAAUGCUGAAGCCAUGGUUGAUGCUCUAACAAAUGAUCCCCAAAAGAUUGGGUUGAAAUGUUGGGCUUCAGUUCUGGAUGACAAUGGUCAAACUCCCGCCAUGUGUGCAGCAUCAAGGAACAACCACUCCUACAACAUGCUUGUGACCAGAAAACUCACAGAUAAGGAGAAUGGUCGGGUGUCAAUCAUGAUUGGGCACGAAGCAAUAUCAUGCAUGGAUGAGUCAAGGCGAGUGACCGAGCCACCAGCAAAGCAUGGUAAUGGUUGCGUCCCUGCAACAAUGGCGGUAAAUUCGUGUGCUCAAUGUGCUUUUGCAAAGUCUCGGCCAAUCCGGAUAGCUCUUGGCAGAGGUCUUCUCCGGUGGCCACACACCCACUCCGUGUUGGCAAUUGCUGCGGUCUGCGUGUGCGUCUGCCUGUUUCUUCGUGGCACUCCUUGGGUUGGCUCGGUUGCUCCAUUCAAGUGGGAGAAUUUGGAUUUCGGUCCAAGAUAGCUUCCAUGAAAAGAAUGCCAUCCAAGGAUGUUUUGCUUUUUACUUUUUAUUUCCAGGAGUAACAAAAAUUGUGUUUGUUUAUAUGCAUAGGGGAAUACUAUCAGCUUGCAUUGGCUAACCUAUUCUUUUAUUAACCAACUAGUUCACAUCAGCAGAUUGUUUUGUAUAUUUACAUAUCACACUAUUCUUAUGUAUUCAUCUUACAUCUAGAUUUUCAUAUUUUGUAUUUGUAGCAUUUUAGUGUCAUGUGCCUGUAAAAUUUGUAUUU